AUGGCGCGGAACUGCGAGAAGAAGCUCAUUGGCCUCAACAGAUUAUGGCUUGCCAAGCAACAAAAAGGUAAUUAUCUAUAUGUUUUGUUUUGUUUUUUUCUUUUAACGUUCUUUAUUAAACAGAGUAUUCAUAAUCCUUUUCAUGACGUUUGAUAUUAGAUGAAGAGGAGAGCCGUCCUAAGAGACCACAUCUGGUGAGAGACUCAUUUGUGAACUACAGUGUGCUUUGCAAUCAGCUGUUGGAAAUAAUUAAAAACAAUAAAGAUUACUUAUAUUUUAUAAUUCUAUGUUAUAAAAGUGCCGGUGUAUGGGCUAAUCAGGUGCAUUUUUCAUCUGCUUAUUUUCUUUGUUAUUUCAACCAAGCGUUCACUGAACAGUGCUUCAGAGGUUAAAAAGUGGAUUCCUGGAAUAAAGAAGGAAUUGGACUAUUAUUUAGAUGUAAGUCGACAUUAUGUAAACCUUGUCUAUGUUUGCUAUACUCCUUUUAUAAAUUAAUGGCUAGAUAGUUUUCCUUGAACUUGUUUUGUUGAUCCUGGGUAUGAAAAAAAAAGACUAAUAAUUAAUUUAAGGGAACAGUCACUAGGUAAGAAACUUAAGCGUGGAUGUUUUUUCGACUUAGUCGGUGACCAGAAGCAUAAUUCAACUCUUUCAGGUGGGUUUCAUCAUUGAUCAAACAACUGCCAAGCCCAUAUUUUGUCAUUUUAAUAAAAAUGCUGUAAAUGAUCAGUAACAAGUGCAGUCCCUCAAGCUUCUUGCAGAGGUUAGAGGAACACAAUAAUUAGUGAUUCAUGGUAAUGAACAAGUUUCUAGUACCAUUUGUCUAUUGCAGAGAUGAAAUUGAUCAAAAUCUCCAAACCACCCUCUUCUCAUAUGAAAGCUGAAUGCUCUGGUACCCACUUUUAAUUGACUAAUCUAAUUUAAUAUUUGCAGCAACUUUCUGGAGCCAGAAAACAUCGUUAUCCUGACACAAAAAUGAAAGAAUUUGAAAAGAAGGUGGAAGAACUUGAAAAUGAAUACAAAAGGUAAUAACAAAGAAGAAACAAUUGAGGAGUCUCCACAGGGGCAACAAGUUAUUUUUCAACUGAUAAAAGUUUCUUGUAUUUUGAGGAAUUAAAAAAAAAAAAUAAUAAUAAUAAUAAUAAAAAAGAGAAACAAUAAUGUCCAAAUUUCCCGGCAGGUGCCAUUUUGGGUUGGAUGAUGUUGUGUAAUUUCAAAUAUUGUCAUCAAACAAAGGCUUUGGUUAUUGCUAGGAUUCCUGAGGGUAGCAUGCAGAUGAUAUUGGCAACUGUUAAAUGUCAUUUGAUCCAACAUGAUGGACUAUGCAGAGAAUAUUUCCCACUAUCCAAAUUGCCAACAUGGAUUUAAAUUUUUUCUCAAACUCAAUGCUUCAUUACUAUUUAUGUUAACAAUAUGUAAUUCUGAAGAUCAUUUUUGUUGAUUUAAGUACAAUUUGCUCCACCAGGUUUCCUUGUAAACUAAUUGUGAUAUCUUAUAUCCAAGAGUUUGUUCAUAAUUGGAUUUCUUCUUGUAUUAAAUGAAUGAUGAUUAUCACAUUUUGUAAUCAAGGAUGUGAUAAAGUUCAUUUCAAUCAGAACAAAUCUUCUUCAGUUGACUAAGUAAAUAAUUAUACCAUUGAGACUUUUUUGUACAAAGAAAUCAAUGGAGGGUGAUAUGGAGGAGGAAUUGAAUUUUUUAUUUUGUUUUGAGUAAGAAGCUUACAAAUGUGUUUUACCAUUUGCUAUAGGUUUGUCAAAAAGGUUUAUGAAUUAGAUCCCAGCACAACAAGUGUUCCAUGGCAGCCAAGAGGUUAUGUCAGUAAACGGAAAACUACAGAUAGCUCACAAACAGAAGUGAAACCUAAAAAGAUCUGCACUCCUUUGUUGGAAAAGGAGGUAUGUAAAAAUUAACACCUCUAGUUGAAUACUUUGAGGAAUUCAGAGCUUUUGAAUAAUAAUUUUCCUUAAAAGGUAGCUGCAAUAAACGAAAGUGAAGGGUAAAUGUGUGUGGAAGCCACACUAAAGUUGCUGAUGAGAUGAUGUUAUUAUUUUAGUCUACUCCAUCAGAAAUAAUUUGCUUUAGAGUUGAUUAAAGAGUGAAGUAACCAGGGGUGUUUUUGGUACCACAGGGAGAUCAUUGAUAAUAAUUAUUUUUAAUGACAAUUUCCAUUGAGGUGUUGAAAGUAAUAUAAGUGAGUUAUAAUCAUGUUAAUAGGAUCAAGUGGAGUCCAGUUUGGUCUGUAAUCAUACAAGUGAUUAACAUAAUCACAUGACUGUGAAGGGGGGGUCCAAUUUGUUAAUCACUCAUAUGAUUACAAACAGAAUUGGACAACAUGAAGUCCUGUUACCAAUUAAUCAACACUAUGACAAAAUUUGAGAAAGAAACUAGACAUUGGUCAUAAAAUAAUGUUUUUAUAAAAGAAACAACAACAACAGUUAACAUGGCGGCAUAUGCACAUGACAUGUUCUGUCUCCUUACAUAUUCUGAAGAUCACACUCAGAAUCUGAAAAAUCAGUUGUCUAAGAUUUUUGUCCAACAGGAUGCAAAUUCAUCAGAUGUGCAAAGUGGGAAGAUGAGAGAUUCUUCAGAUCUUCUAUUCACAGCCUGUAGCAGGACAACACAUCCUUCAAAUGACACAUGCAAAAUAAACUCAAAGGUAACUUUUGCUUUAAGUGCAAACACUGCAGUUAAUACUUUACUGAUUGAUUUUAAUUGUAUUAUGAUUGAUUUAGCAAAAUAUUAUAUGCACUAUGUGAUGGUUUGAUUUCAGUCCCUUAGCAACCAUGAUUAGCGCAAUAAAUAUUUUUAAACUUGUGUGGUUCUUUAACUAAAUCCUACAUUCUUCUGUUCAGAAUAUUGGAAGUGAUUUGGAACAUCAGAGGGAUAAUAUAAAUGUUCAACCUAAACAGUAAGAAGUUUGUGUUGUUGAUUUAAAAACUAAUGUAGCCUAAUUUUCAUAGCUUUGAAGGUAAUUGAAAUAAAGUUCAGAGGAAACAAAAUAUUUUAAAGGUACUGGGGUAAUUUGUUUUAAUGCUGGGAAGGUUUGAAAACUGAAAUAGAUUCACAGUGUUUGAAUAAGCAAGUUAUCAAGCAGUAUCCAGGUUGAGAAAUCCCCCAUCAUUUUUUUUCCAUAAAACUUUACUAAUUAAAACUACUCUCAUCUUCCUUGUCAGUGCUCUAGGUUUAGAUUAUGACUCCUCCAGUGAAUCUGAUGAUUCUUAGCACAGUUAAAAUCUAUAGGACUCAAGGCAGAACUUAAGAAUAAAUAUCAGGCAUCAGAACAAAACAGGGUAAGUUAGGUGAAGAUGGCUCUACCUUAGGUAUCUACCUAGAAGGAAAAAGAACUAGAUAUACAUAAUAUUGUUACAUUGUACAUGCUUACUUAAUGCAUUACUUAGAAAGUGCAAGAAGGAAAGAGAUUGUGGAAUGAAAUUGUAUUUCAUUUAUUCUAUUUAUUUUUCUACAGUAUAUACAAGAUAUAACAUUGUAAACUUAUACUAUACAAAGGAAAAAAUAUUUUUUCUGUAUCUAAGAGGCAUAAACUGUUAUUUUCAUCAACUAUUCAGUCUUACACCAUGAUCUUAGCUGGUGAUGGCAGAUGCAAUUUUAUAUAAAUUUGUUUGCCCUAUAGUUUUUCAAACAGUUGUUUAUUGUCUCCAUGGAAACAACAAAUGCAGUUCCCAUAAGUGACAUUUCUUAUUCUCUUUUUCAGGUUCUGCAGUUUCUUUGGGAUCUUUAGACACAAAAAAUGCACUAUAAUUUCAAAUGUUUGAUAAUGUUUUUAUUUAUAAUAACCUUUAUUUGUAAAGACAAACAAACAAAAACAAUUGAUACAAGUAUACAAAAGAUAAUUCUUAAUUGUAUUAGGAAAUUAUGCUAGAUUUGAAAAUAACUUUGUAAAUAAAUGUAAAAAGCAAAAUAAGAAA